CACCCAUCUUCAGUCCGUAGUACAAAGCAUCAGCAGUUCCUCCCAUAUCUCCACCACUUUCCCAGGAAAGAAACCCAGAAAUUCUCUCUCUCUCUCUCUGUUUUUUCUCGGGAAAGAAAGGAAGAAAGAAAGAAUCGAAGAGAAACCCUCACCAUAGAAACUGAGCAUCCAUGGCGGACAAGAACCAGAACCAGUACCACCCGACGGAGGUGAACGGCUACCACCGGAGCGACCAGGAGUCGCUCGAGGAGAUCGAGGAGGCGAGGCGCAAGAAGAAGAUGAAGUGGACCAUCGGCAUCAUCGCCUUCGUCAUCUUCCAGGUCGUCCAAGGUCUGUUUUUUGUGCUGGUCAUCAUGAAGUUCAAGUCCCCCAAGUUCCGGGUCACCGCGUUCGAAGCCCCGGACCUGAACUUCGGGACUCAGGCCUCGCCCUCGUUCAACAUGUCCUUCUACGCCCCGAUCCGGGUCAAGAACACCAACUGGGGUCCCUUCAAGUACGGCGCCUCCAACGUGAGCUUCACCUACGGGGGUGUCGAGGUGGGACGAGGGAACAUUCCCAAGGGCAAGGCCAACUUCAAGUCCACCAAGAAGAUCGAUGUGAGCGUGGCCGUGAACUAUCCUGGUUUGCCCACGACAUCGGCUCUGGGGGACGAAUUGAAAGCGGGAAAUAUAACAUUGAACAGUCAGGGCGAGCUUAAAGGAAAGGUCACAGUCAUGUUCAUGUUCAAGAAGACCAAGAUCUCACAAAUGAAUUGCACCAUGGUGAUCAGUACCUCGGCAAAGGCGGUCACAUCCGUGCAAUGCAGCUGAGGCCGUAGAGAGUCGAGAAGGGUGGUUCUCGGUCUAGAGCGCUUGUAUGCUUUGCUUAUCAUAUGGUUCCGCAUGCUACAGAAUCAUAUACAUAUACUCUAUUUUUCUGGGGUUUCUUAACCCUUUUGGCUAAGUGAUGAUGUAUUCUAUUUUUUGUUGAAUCUACGUACCAUCCAAAUCGUUUUUUCGUAUUA